AUGGCACUACAGUCAUUGCUGCAACAAUCAUGGCAAGAGCUGCACAAAAUACCAUUCAAUCCACUCCUCUCGCUUGUGUUUCUCAUCCCUUUUCUCUAUGUCUUCAAGCGUAUUACAAGUGUCAAACCCAAUUUACCUCCAUCUCCACCAAAGCUACAAAUCAUAGGCAACCUUCACCAGCUUGGCACACUCCCACACCGUUCACUUCAAGCCCUUUCUAACAAGUAUGGCCCUCUCAUGUUCUUGUACUUGGGUAAUGCUCCAACCCUUGUAGUGUCAUCUGCAGAUAUGGCUAGAGAAAUUAUGAAAACACAUGAUAUCGUUUUCUCAAACCGGCCCAAAACCACAGCUGCCAAUAUGUUACUCUAUGGAUGCAAAGACGUAGCCUUCUCACCAUAUGGUGAGCAUUGGAGACAAGCAAGGAAAAUUUGUGUCCUCGAACUUUUGAGCCUCAAAAGUGUACAAUCCUUCGAGUUUGUAAGGGAAGAAGAAGUUGAAGUAUUGAUCAAUAAGAUAAGUGACUCGUGUCACAAUGGGGCUUCUGUUAAUUUAAGUGAGAUGUUGAUUGCAACCUCCAACAAUAUAGUGUCUAGAUGUGUACUUGGACAGAAGUUUGAAGAAGAAGAAGAUGGUAAAAGUAGAUUCGGACACCUGUCAAGAAGGGUAAUGGUGCUACUUGGAGCAUUCUGCUUCGGAGAUUUUUUCCCUUUUUUGGGAUGGAUUGAUUUUCUUACGGGAUUCAUCCCGAGUCUGAAAGCCACUUUCAGAGAAUUAGAUGUUUUAUUUGAUCAGAUAGUCGAAGAGCACAAAACAAUGAAAACUGAGGAUGACGAGCCUAAUAGGAAAGAUUUAGUUGAUAUUCUCCUCAAACUUCAAAAGAGAGGCAUGCUUGAGAUUGAGCUCACUCAAGAUAACCUCAAAGCAAUCCUUCUGGACAUGUUUGUGGGAGGAAGUGAUACGACUUCAACAACUUUGGAAUGGUUAAUGGCUGAGCUCAUAAAAAAUCCAAAUAUUAUGAAGAGAGCACAAGAAGAGGUGAGAAGGGUGGUGGGAAAGAAAUCAAAGAUAGAUGUGAAUGACAUCAACCAAAUGGAUUACUUGAAGUGUAUCCUCAAAGAAACUCUAAGACUACAUCCACCAGCUCCUCUCUCAGCACCUCGAGAAACAUCAGCAAGUGUGAAGUUUGGAGGCUAUGAUAUUCCACCAAAAACAAGAGUAUUUAUCAAUACAUGGGCAAUCCAAAGGGAUCCUACUAUAUGGGAGAGGGCAGAAGAGUUCCUCCCGGAGAGAUUCAAAGAUAAUCCUGUUGAUUUCAAAGGCCAAGACUUUGAAUUCAUCCCAUUUGGAGGUGGGAGAAGGGGAUGUCCAGGUUUGACAUUCGGUGUUACUGCAGUUGAAUAUGUUAUUGCCAACAUCUUAUGCUGGUUUGACUGGAGAUUGCCCAGUGAUAUUGUACAGGGGGAGGGCUUGGACAUGAGUGAAGUUGACGGUCUCACUGUGACGAAGAAAGUUCCUCUUCAUCUUGUACCAAUACUGCACUUCCCUUGA